UUCCUUCUGCCACAGAGCCAAAGCGGAAGUUGUAACGUCGUCUCUCUCUGGCUCCGUUUGGAUAUGAUCUUGGAAAAAGCGAGCAAGCUUGUACGAGAAGCCGGGAGGCGGGUGGAGGGGGUUGAAACGUUUGAGAAAACCCUUUUUUUCUUUUUCUUGGACUGCUGACGCGUCCACCCUGCGACGUGCUUGUGCUGGAGCACAGAAAGCAGCUUCCACCAUGUUACUGCACUUUCUAGUUUUAGGGGCCUUCGUUUUCCUCGCUGACGGCUACUUCUCGGAGGAAAUGUACCCGGAGGAGUCGAAGAUGCAGCCUCCUACGGUGGUUAUCGCCAUUCUAGCCAGAAACACUGCUCACUCCCUGCCGUACUACCUCGGAGCUCUGGAGAGACUCAACUACCCCAAAGCUCGCAUCACUGUGUGGGCAGCCACAGAUCACAACGCAGACAACACCACAGCCAUACUGAAAGAGUGGCUUACCGUCAUGCAAAAGUUCUACCAUUAUGUUGAGUGGAGACCGAUGGACCAGCCCACGUCCUACGCAGGAGAGUCGGGUCCUAAGCAUUGGCCCAACAGCAGAUACGAGUAUGUGAUGAAGCUGAAGCAGGGGGCGAUCAACUUUGCCAGGAAACGCUGGGCCGAUUACAUCCUGUACGUUGACACAGACAAUAUCCUCACCAACCCCGAAACCCUCAACCUGAUGAUGGCAGAGAACAAGUCAGCCAUUGCUCCCAUGCUAGACUCUCAGGGAGCGUACUCCAACUACUGGUGCGGUAUCACGCCACAGGGAUAUUACCGUCGAACAGCAGAGUAUUUCCCCACCCGCCAGCGUCACAGACUGGGCUGCUUCCCGGUGCCAAUGAUCCACUCCACCAUGCUGCUGGAUUUAAGGAAGGCAGGCAUGAAGAAACUGGCCUUCUUCCCACCUCACGAGGACUACUCGUGGCCCUACGACGACAUCAUCGUGUUCGCCUUCUCCUGCCGGGCUGCAGAGGUACAGAUGUAUCUGUGUAACAAGGAGCGCUACGGCUACCUGAACGUCCCGGCCAAACCUCACCAAACCUUGGAAGAUGAUCGCCUCAACUUUGUCCAUGUCCAACUUGAGUCCAUGAUUGAUGGCCCUCCAAUGCGCCCCUCGCGAUACGUCCAUAUGUUCCCCAAACAGAGAGACCUCAUGGGCUUUAAUGAGAUAUAUCUGAUUAACCUGCGGCGGCGUCUUGACCGUAGAGACCGGAUGCUGUUCUCUCUGAAUGAGCUCGAGAUUGACGUCAAGGUGGUCGACGCCGUGGAUGGGAAUGCACUGAACAGCAGUGACAUAAAGAUCCUGGGUGUUGACCUGCUGCCAGGCUACUAUGACCCGUUCUCUGGACGCACCCUAACCAAAGGAGAGGUGGGCUGCUUCCUCAGCCACUACUUCAUCUGGAAGGAGAUGGUGGACUUGCAGAUGGAGAAGGCGCUGGUCCUUGAAGACGACGUUCGUUUCCAGGCCAACUUCAAACGACGAGUCGUCAGACUGAUGGAGGAGGUGGAGCAGGCGGAGCUGGAAUGGGACAUCAUAUACUUUGGCAGGAAGCAGGUGAAUCCCACAAAGGAGGAGGCGGUGGAGAACGUUCACAACUUGGUAAUGGCCGACUACUCGUAUUGGACUCUGUCCUACGCCAUCUCCCUGCAGGGAGCCCAAAAACUGCUCAACGCUGAGCCGCUGUCCAAGAUGCUUCCUGUUGAUGAAUUCCUCCCCAUCAUGUAUGACAAACAUCCCAAUAAGGACUACAAGUCCCAUUUCACCAACAGAAAUUUACACGCCUUCAGUACACGCCCCCUUGUGGUCCAGCCGUGUCACUAUGCCGGCGAUCCCCAGUGGGUGAGCGACACGGAGACGUCGACUCUGUGGGACGAUGACGCUGUGCGCACCGAUUGGAGGGGUUCCCACAAGACCCUGAAAGGGGCUGCGCCGCCAGCCGGCGUGCUGUCAGCGACCUACAAGGAUGAACUUUAGUGCGGAGCAGACGUAGCCGUGGAGAACCUGCAGGUCAAAAGGCCACAAGGUCAGAGAGACAGAUGCUGAGGAGAGAAAGUAUUCCCAGACUUUAUUUUCGGCCGCGCCACCGACAUGCCCAGUGUCAUUUAAACUGGACAUUUCAAAGCAUGUCAGCAAGAAUUUGUCGUAAGAGGAUCUUUUUGGUGGAAAACAACAUAAGGGACAAUGUUUAAUUGAGGAUGUUUGUAAAGAAAUGUCUUUUAAUA